GUGACGUCACAUUCUUUUUCGCCCAUGUUGGUUACGCCGUGUAGGGUUGAGACCGGUGAAGAUAAUCAUGUCGAGCCAGCAGAAAGCCGAGAGUCCUGUGUCGCCUGGCGGCAGUGGUAGCGGCAGCCGUUACAAGGGUGGUAUUGUAAAAGAGUUCCGAGUCACACUGCCCGUUACUGUUGAUGAGUACCAAGUGGCUCAGCUCUACUCUGUUGCGCAGGCCAGCAAAAACGAAACCGGGGGUGGGGAGGGCAUUGAGGUUAUUAAGAACGAACCCUUCUCUCCGUCAGAGGGGCAACAACCUCCAGACCCUCUUCUUGGUGGCGAUUUCAACACUGGGCAAUACACAUAUAAAAUAUACCACUUGCAGAGCAAAGUUCCAGGAUAUAUUCGUUUAUUGGCACCGAAAGGAAGUCUAGAAAUACAUGAAGAGGCAUGGAAUGCCUACCCCUACUGCAGGACAGUGAUAACGAAUCCGGAGUACAUGAAGGAUUGUUUCCAUAUUGUGAUAGAAAGUCUCCACUUACCGGACAGGGGAAAUACAGCCAAUGCCCAUCGACUGAGUCCUGAGGAACUUAAGCACUUGGAUGUCUACAAUAUUGAUAUAACAGACAAGGUUUCCAAUUCGGACUACAAGAAAUCCACUGAUCCCAAGUUAUUCAAAAGUCAGAAGACUGGGAGAGGCCCAUUAGAUGCUCCCAACUGGCAGGAAAAAGUUGACCCAGUGAUGUGUGCAUAUAAACUGGUUCGAGCCAAAUUCAAGUGGUUUGGUCUGCAGUCUAGAGUUGAAAAAUUCAUCAUGAAGCAAGAGCAGCGUUUGUUUACCAAUUUCCACCGAGAGGUGUUCUGCUGGAUGGAUCAGUGGUAUGGGUUGACAAUGAAGGACAUUCGGGCUAUUGAAGAUAAGACCAAGGAAGAGCUUGAUCAGAGUCGCAGAACGGGUGAUGUACGUGGCAUGUCAGCAAAUGAAAAUUGAAGAUGGUCAUGCUUAGCAAGUUCUCCCAUCGUCCAAGUGCUGCAAGAGAGACACAUUGUCACACCAAUCACAGAGCAUAGUCUUUACUCAACUACAAACCAUUUUAGUCUUUUGUUAUUUAAUAUUUCUUUUGUUUUUACAUCCUGUUUGUGUGACGUUAACAGGCUUUACUUGUUGCUCUGUUUUCACGAAGCUGCUGCCAGUAACCAGGGCAAAUAAAACAAUGUUUUACGAAUAAUUACUUGACCACUCUUUACACUGUGAUCAAGAAUCAAUACUGAAUGAAAUUUAAGAACUGAUAUUUCACCCCAUAGUAAAUUGACAAAUUAGAAAAAAUAAUUGAAGCAAGAAGUGUUUUGAACUUUAAAUUUUGACAAAUACAAAAUAAAUUAUGCAAGAUUGAAAUAAAAAUUUAAAAUUUAAAAAUGUGAUUAGUACAAGUGAAAGGAUUUGCUGAAGUUUACCCAAGUUUCAUUCCAAUAAUGAUCAUAGUAAUGACAGGUUGUAAUGACAGGUUGUAAUGACAAGUUGUAAUGACAAGUUGUAAUGACAGGUCGUAAGUACAAGUCGUAAUGACAGGUCAUAUAACAGGUCGUAAUGACAAGUCAGAAUGACAGGUCGUAAUGGCAAGUCGUAAUGACAGGUCGUAAUGGCAAGUCAUAAUGACAGGUCGUAAUGACAGGUCGUAAUGGCAAGUCGUAAUGACAGGUCGUAAUGGCAAGUCGUAAUGACAAGUCAAGUACUAUGAACAUGAAUCAGAAAUUACUGAAAUCUUUUAGAAACUUGUGUACAAAUUUAACACUUACUUAGACUUGCUGCCUAUAACCUAUUAUAAUAUCAGUAAUUGAUGUAGCAUAUAUGUGAUUCUUUUCAGCUGAUGGUAAUUGCCAAUCAGUGACGGCCUAGCGCUUUGUUUAGUUCUUUUGAGUAUAAUCAUGAUGAGAAUAUAUGUUGAGAAUCACGACCACGUGGGUUAAAACUUAAAAGCACUUUUAUAGUAAGUGCUAGAACGUAACGUAGAUGAGGCCUAGCAUAUACCAAGUACUUGCAAAUAUCAUGGUCUAAAUUUGCACCUAUUUAUUUAUAGCCAUUGCUCUGCGAUAAUAAACAAUAGGGGUGUCACGAUAUGCCUACCCCACUUGUCGAUUACGUAUCACGAUACUGGAGUCACUAUAUAGUAUGUAUGACGAUACUUAUUUUUGUACCAUUUUACCUUCUCUAUUCAUGUAUUCCAGGUAAAGAGAAUGGUAUCAUCCUGUCUCUAUUUAGCUGGCAUGACUGGUUUAUUUGUGACUCAUUCUUCGAGUGUUAUGUCAGAUUUAACAUUUUGUUUCGCAAUAGUUUGUAAGGUAAUGCUUACUUAAGCAUUUCUCAAGCUGCUUUUUACAAGACUUUGUUAAGAUUUUUGGACAUUGAUACAGCCUUAAAUAUGGACUGAUACAUGGGUAGGCUUAUCGUGUAUUGUAUCGUCAGGUGUAAAUUUGCGAUAUAUAGGCGAGUCGUGACAUCCCUAACAUACCACAAAUGAUAGGCAUGUCUCCCUUAACAUAGGUUAUGGCACUGAAUAUUACUGAUAUGUGUGCACUAAGAUAUGUAUGUAAAUUUGUAUGUACUUGCUGUGUCCAGUGUUUGCAGAGAUAUCCAUUGACAUUCGUCCACCGAUUCAGAACAAGACUAUGUUGUAGGUGACCUGUACAGAAGUAGACUCAUUGGAUCCAAUAUCUUGAUCACAAACUCGCAUGGUGAUUGGUUUGGUGCAAAACACUAAGACAAUUAAGGAAAUCUUUCAUUGGAGUCUUAGCCGAAUUUGUUUAGGUAUGCUGUUAGGCCAAACACUAAGGUUUAUUUUUUAGGCAGUGGCUUUUCAUGAAGGGGGUUGGAGGUUGAGGUUAUUUUUGUAGUGUGAAUUAAACCUAAGGUCAGAAAUUUAGUCACUUUCAAGCAAAGAUGUGUUAACUUUAUAAUGAUGAUUAUGUUUAAUGAAUUAUCUGUAAUAGAAAGUGUUAAACUAACUUUUCAAGAUUAUUAAUGCCUAAACCUUAUGAAGCUUACUAACAAUACCCAAUGUUCAUAGGCUUUUGAUGAACGCCAUGUUUUUGUUGACACCUAGCUUCAAUGAGAUGUUAUUGGGCUCUAAGCAAGUCUAUUUGUUAGGAUUAUCGGGGCUAGAACUCAUUCAUGCAAAUAAUUGAUUAUGUGCGAGAAACAAGGAUUCACCAUGGAAAGUGUUCAUCAGUCUCAUUGCCUUACAGUUCGAACCAUUUUUGGAAGUGAUCACAAUGGAUUAUUUGUUCCUGUAUAACCUGUAAAUGCUGACAAUGAAUGGACCGUUUCAAGUACUUGUAACUCCUGUACCGUGUAUGUCGGAUAGACUAUUUAUGUAUAGAUAAAUAUGAUGGACUAAGCAUCCUGUGUGUAUGUCAGGAGAGGACAUGGAGGAACAGAGGCAUCGUAGCUUGCUGUGCAGAGUUGCGUCCCUUUGCUGUACCAGGAUCUUUUCGAAAUUUCCUAUUGUGAUCCCUGUAUCAAUAUCACACCUGUGUUUGUGGGUUUCAACGAAAUGUUUAACGUCUACGACCUACAUCAUUUCGAGCUCCCACAUUAAGGUCACAGUCGAUGAUAUAGCUGUAAUAUGUUCUGAGUGGUGUUAAACCAGUGUCACUCACCCACUCCUUGUGUUCUGUGAAGUUUCUGUUGAUCAUUAACAACACAAGUAUCAUCGAGGUUUUCUGUUAGCCCACUCAUGACAAACCAAAUAGUAUUUUCCUAAUAACUCCAUACUAAGGGUUCCAACAGGUAGACUAAUAGUGAAAACAUUCAUACUUCACGCUGGGUACAGUGUGUGACCAUUUAUUGUGUCCCCUGCCGUGUUAUUGCUGGAAUAUGCUAAAAGCGGCGUCAAACCAAAGUUGCUUAGAUAAAGCUGAUGUUACAUGAAGCAAAUAUACCCCUGUAAGUAUCAGAGCACCGUUUCACAAACGGUCUUGGCGCUAUGAUGAUUGUAACUCCCAUACCUUAACAUAGACUUACGACAGUCCAAGCGUUGAAAUCGCUUUGGACAGGGCCGUGGGUGCCGUUAUACAAAGUGAUGUUAGCGCUAAGAUCAUCGUAACUCCCAUAACUUAACAUAGACUUACGACAGUCCUAGCAUUAUGGUUGUUUUGUACAACACCCUGGUUUUGAUAUUGUCGUAUGAAGAACAGACUUGUGUCAUUUCUUAAGCUGCAAAGGAAACGGAUGACAUAUUUAUUGUAAUUCCAUGGUCAUAGCUGCAGAGUAGAUGUUGACCCUGGGCCAGGCAGGAUUACAAGUUGUAGGAGCUGACUAGGUUUGUCAAGACUAAAUGUCAUAACCUGUAAUGUAUCCUAAUGAAUAAAUGAUAUGGACCAUU